CUCUGCGAUUGUUUUUGUAAUCGAUUACAAAUAUUUCCUGUGCAGGAAAGAAAAAUGUAAACCGAUUGCCAUUGUGUUUGCCUUUUUUAUUUUAAUUUUUUUAAGUAGUGUAAUGACGACAUGAAUAUGCACGGUAUCAUCAUCAUAGUGACAGGAAGAGCUCAUAUUAGCCGGCUAACUAGCAUCUCUGCACUUCACUACACGCGCAGGUAGCCAAUGGCACAUCAGAAUGGCCACACUGAUCCCAGCCCUUUGGUGGACGUGAUGGCAGGCGAGCGGUUCCCUGCAGCUCCUCCACCCAUCUACGUGUGCACUCUCACCCCGGAUCUGGAGGCCAAGGCACGAGAGGAGCUUCAGGAGAAGCCCGAGUGGCGUCUUCGGGACGUCCAAGCGCUGCGAGACAUGAUCCUGAAGGAGCAUUCUAGUCUGAGGACACGGCUGGACGACGCCUUUCUCUUGCGCUUCCUCCGAGCCAGGAAGUUCGACUAUGACCGUGCGCUGCAGCUGCUCCUGAACUACCACAGCAGCAGGAGGGCCUGGCCUGAAGUCUUCCAGGACCUGAAGCCCUCGACGGUGAAGCACGUGCUUGAGCUAGGCUUCCUUACUGUCCUGCCCAGACCUGAUCCUCAAGGCCGCUACGUUCUCUGCUUACGGCCAGGGAAAUGGACACCGAAUGACUAUCCGUUUGUGGACAAUAUUCGAGCCAUUUAUCUGACGCUAGAAAAGCUGAUUCAACCUGAGGAGACCCAAGUGAAUGGAAUAGUCAUCCUGGUGGAUUACACCGGAGUCGGCUUGUCUCAGGCCUCCAAUCCCGGCCCUCUACUGGCAAAGAAAGUCGUUAGCAUUCUUCAGGAUGGAUUUCCUAUCAGAAUAAAGGCAGUCAAUAUCAUAAAUGAGCCUCGAAUCUUUAAGGGAAUAUUUGCAUUAAUAAAGCCUUUCCUGAAGGAGAAGAUGGCUGAAAGGUUUGUCCUGCACGGCUCAGACCUGUCGUCCCUGCAUCGUGUCAUCCCGCGCUCUGUGCUGCCGCAGGAAUACGGAGGCGUGGACGGCAGACUGGACAUGACAGCUUGGACUCGCACACUGCUGGAGGCCGAGGAGGAGUUCGUCGUGGAGUUUUGCCAGCCGGAGCCUCUUGAGGGGGCGUUAAUGCACGACUCGAUGUUGUUUGAAGGCGAGCAUCCUGAGGACUCGUACAGAAGCCUGCGCUCGCAGCUCUACUACUGCUACUGAUGUCUCGUCAGGCGGCCGGCACCUUCUGUUUCUCUAAAGAUGUGUUAUUUUUCACAACUAGGCUCAGAGAUGGAGUUUUAUUUUUCUGAAAUCAUUAAGCUAAAAAUGGUGUUUCGAGGUUCACAGAUUACAAAUGAAAGGUCGGUGAGGUGCAGCAUUAUUGUUUAUAGAGCAUUAAUAAAGGACAGUUUAUAGGAAACAUUUUUUGAGACUACUAGGGUCAGGAGUUUUUAUUUGAUUUUAUUAUAGCAUCAAUAUGGCUCGAGGUGAUGGUUCUGGACUUGCCGGAUCAAGUUAAGGUGUUUUUGAAUAUUUUAAAAGAAUGCCAUACAAACAAAAUCUAAAUGCCGAUAGACGUCCUUUGCUAUUGUUUUGCGCUUACUUGUGCAAAUGUUACACACAACCAUGCAAACGGCUUGUUUUAACACUAAUGCUUGAUGUUACAAUGCAACAAAGUAUUGCCUUAAUCUAAGAAAAACAAAACAAAACAAAAAAACGGAUGUAAGGACCAUGUGAUUUAAAUCCAAAGCAAUACUGAUUGUGUUACCUCAUUUUUUUUCUAUGCUUUAUUUUUAGCAUUAUUUGUCAUGUUUUUGCCUUUAUUUUGUAUUAUGUCAGUGGGUACUGUAACCGCACAGAAAGUUUUCUCCUAUCUUGAUUUAAAGCUGCAGUUCAGGUUUACAUUGCAUUUCUGUUCACUGUGUUGUUGCUUUUGCCAUUCUGUCAUUACACUUUUUUUAUGGUUAUCAUAUGAUUUUUUAAUUUUUUAAAAAAAAUGUUAUUGUGAGGAAUUUUGAUUUUUUUAUUUUUUUUAAAUCUCACAUUUCUCUACAGUAUGGGUGUUGUAGCUUGCACAGCAUUGUAAGGUUGUUAAUAUUCCAGUAGGUGAAAUAAAUCAUUACCUAGAGGUUAA